AUGAUUGACCACAAGACUCCGUUCGAGAUCGUGUAUGAGUCGAAACUAAGUGUUAAGCACAUGCGCGUGUUUGGAUGUCGGGCGUUUAUCCUGACACCAAGGGAGAAGCGACUGAAGUGGGACCCGAAGGCUCGUGAAGGGAUGUUCAUGGGCUACGAAGAAGCGUCUAAGGCUUAUCGAGUGUACGACAUUGAGUCGGGAAAAGUGGUGAUCAGUUGUGACAUCACCUUCGACGAAUCGACUUUUGACUUUUCGAUGGACCGACCAAGUGACGAUGAUGAAGAUGCGGAGUUGGACAUCAACCUCAUAGCAAUUAUCUAUGACGACGUGCGUCAGACCACCUACAAGUAG